UGCAAGGAAAGAACGGAGGGGCGGGAAGCGCCCCCUCUCUCAGCCCCAGCCUUCAAGUCGCAGGCCGGAGAUGCUGCCCGAACCGUUUUAGCGAGGGACGCCCAGCCUCCGGGGCCUUCAGCGGGCUAGCCGCGGUCCUCAUCGCCUGAGGCUUCUGGCGCCCUGAGGAAACCAGGCGGGCUCCGCGGAGAGAUUCGCCCUGCGCGAGUCCACCUAAGCGGCAGCUUCAAAUGGCCCGAAGCCUCGGCAGGGAAGGCUGGUUUGAGGGACCGGGCAGCGGUCCGGAGGCCCUUUAGCCGCGUCCAGAACUCUGCUCCUCCCGGGUCCUGGUAAAAAGCCUGGGGAAGUUGGAAAGGAGGAAAGAUAGCAGCAGCCAAAACCACAGUAAUGGAGAAUAACACCCCUUCCCAGUAGGCCCCUUAGGAAUGAAUAUGUAGUGCUAAUCAACCGUCGAUUUUGGUGGACCCUUCAGACCCAAGAAGUGUCAGAUUCCAACCAAAAAGCCAAAGGGUUUGCACAGCACCCCAAGCCAAGUUUGCAUAAACUAUCCAUCAAUGGCCCUUGUUUUACAACCAAGUUUGUACCUAGUUGGUGGCGUUUUGAAUUUUGCACAGGCCACAUCCUGUAACCUAUUUAUAUUUCUUUAUAAGAUUAUCAAUUGCCUCCAUUCUGAAAGUCUUCCUUAUAAAGUUCAGUAUGGACAACAGUGGCUGAGAUGCACCACACAGCUGGGGAAGAAGAUAUCAUCGUAAACACUGCCCGGUUUCAGAAUGGAGAUUUCUUCCCACCAGUCCCACCUCCUGCAGCAGUUAAAUGAGCAGCGCCAGCAGGACCUGUUCUGCGACUGCAGCAUCCUGGUGGAGGGGAAGGUCUUCAAAGCCCACCGCAACGUGCUCUUCGCCAGCAGCGGCUACUUCAAAAUGCUCCUCUCCCAGUGCUCCAAGGAGGCCAGCCAGCCCACCACCGCCACAUUCCAGGCCUUUUCCCCGGAGACCUUUUCGGUGAUUCUGGACUUUGUGUAUUCAGGCAAACUCUCCCUCACCGGCCAGAAUGUGAUCGAGGUCAUGUCGGCCGCCAGCUUCCUGCAGAUGACCGACGUCAUCAGCGUCUGCAAGACUUUCAUCAAGUCAUCCCUGGACAUCAGCGAGAAGGAGAAGGACCGCUACUUCAGCCUCUCAGACAAGGAGGUCAGCUCCAAUGGGGUGGAGCGCUUGUGUUUGUACAGUGCUGGCUGGAGAGCGGAGUCCAGCCCCCCCCAUUCCCACCUGAGCCCCGACCGAGGGACCUGCGUGAUCAACAGCAACUCCUGGACCAACUUCAGCUACUACCCGUCCGCCCCAAGAGCCGCCCAGCCUCUCUCCAAACACGACCAAAGGCAGGAAUCCCUGAAGAAAAGCAGGCAUUUGCAGCCUGCCGACGGGCCCCCCUACAAAGCAAACAAGCUGGAGGACCGGGUUGCUGAGCAGGCGAGCCAUGCUCCUCCGUCUGAAGAGGAGCUCCAGGUGGACUCGGAAGGGGAUUCCUGUCCCACCAGCUACCAGUAUGGGCAGGGCUCGGAUGCAGUCGCAAGAGGGCUGGCCGUGCCUCAACACGAGCACGAAUUGCCCCAUUCUGCCAGCAAGUCCAAGUCUUCCAAAGCCGAAGAGCAAUACCCCAGCAUGCCCUCCGUCUUGGGGGUCAUGGGGAAUUGGGCUGAGGAUGACCUACCACGGAUGAGGUUCAAAUGCCCCUUCUGCACCCACGUGGUGAAACGAAAAGCAGAUCUGAAGCGACACCUUCGCUGCCACACGGGAGAGCGGCCGUACCCAUGUGAAGCCUGCGGGAAAAGAUUCAGUCGGCUGGACCACUUGAGCAGCCACUUUCGGACGAUCCAUCAAGCUUGCAAACCCAUCUGCAGGAAAUGCAAGCGUCAUGUCACUGAAAUGACAGGCCAAGUGGUCCAGGAAGGGACAAGACGCUACAGACUUUGCAACGAGUGCCUCUCUGAAGCUGGGAUCGACAGCAUCCGCAUUGAUUUGGACACAGAACCGCCCCCGGAGUUUCCUCUGGAGGAGGACAAAGAUUCCAACUGGAAUUACAGCGAAGACAAUAGAUCCGAUGUGGAGAUUGUAGAGGAUGGCUCAUCUGAUCUGGUUAUCCAGCAAGUGGAUGACAGUGACGAUGAAGCCGAGGAAAAAGACGUAAAGCCCAAUAUCAGUGAACCCUUUCGGCAGGCCUUGUGCCUGAUAGAACAACUGAUACUUCUCAAAUCCGCCGGAGCACACAGAUGGUAAUGCAGCUUUUCCUCAUGAUGCAGGUGUUCACACAUGUUCACUUCCUUGACUUUAUGGAAUUGUGACACUGCACCAACAUGUGGGGUUGUGAGAGGUAAUAACCUGUAUUUUCUCAUUUAGCCCAACACUUUAGUAAUGACACAAGUCAUUACGAUUAUUUUUUCCUGAAUUUACAGGUUCUAUUUUGCGGUUUUCUUUUUCCAGUUGUG